CUCCUGGAGAGUCUUGCCUUAUAUACCUAUCUUUUGUUUGCCAACAACGAGACUGAGUGAACGAUUAAUCGAUUGCGUUUGUUUAUCACAAGCAACGCCGAGAGAGGCGCAUGAUCGCCGAGGUCAAAAACAUGGCUAAUUGCAAAGUCACGUUUCAUUAAAUUCUGUAAAGAAAACCACGACCCAGUCGAGCUACCUACCUACCUACCUAUCUUUCCAAGCAUUUACCAAAAUAGUAGGUGUUCAAUCUUUUACAAGACAUAUAAUAGGGGUGCAUCUAUGAAUGGCUGGCUGGCUGUCUAUGCCUUAGGUAGUGCGGGGAAGAGCUACGUUAAAAGAGGCUGAGCAACCAUGGCACAAGACAAAAGUCGAAAAUCGAGAGGACGGGAAUACUUCGAAUACGGAAGUUGAGCCGCGAAUGCGCAUACAGCAGCAAUCAACCGUGAAAUACAUAUGUAGUCCAGAUAGCCUCGGAUUUGCCAAGAAGCGAGAGCGGACUUCUCUUUGAUCCCGGUGGGUGGCUCUGAAAGGGCUAUCAGAGUCCCCUUCAUUUUUACCGCAACACCACAUGCUUUACUUGCAUCAUAUCAUGACAACUUGACGUAUAGAGUCACCAUGAAUAAUAAGGUACCAGUACUAAGUCAGUAGAUUCCCUAACUAGACUAGGUACCUGGGGUACUUAUACAAGUCUCAGUUGUCAGUUGUCGUUGCAAAGAAUGACGUCUUCCCUCUCGGUCUCUCACUCACUCAUAUGAUAUUACCCCUUGCAGUAGGUGCUUAUUCACUUGGCAUGGAUCUAUCUCAUGGCAACAUCACCCCAACAUCUCAAACCCUUAUGUCCUCAAAAUGUUCACGACGUCGACCACCUAAGACUCACCCCCAAAGUAUCGUCCCCGCAUUGCUAAACCUCAAUCUCCACCUUCGCUUGGAUACCGCGACUCCAACUUCACCAUUUCGCUUCCACGUGUCGUUAACCCAUCACAAGCCUCGGCUCAUCAAAUCACGGCAGGCAUCCUAUUCUAUUCUUUAUAUGGAGUAUAUCCCCAGAUCAUCUUACCCUUGUCGGACCGAUUUUCCAUGAACAAUGCCGGGUACACAUACAUAACGAUGCCCAACACCACAAGCAGCGAACCCUCCAUCUAACAUGUAACUAGUAUAUUUGCCUAUAAUUAUUAGUCUACCCUCUACCCUCUACUCGGGUACACUCAUCUCCUACGACCUUUGCCCUUCGUAUCCCCCCCCCCCCCAGGCAUCCAGGUCGUGCAUGUAUAGCAUCAUCAUCUACCUCCCCAGACAUCACCAUCACCUGUUGGCUGCGCCAAUUCUCAUCUGACACCAAAUCAGCUGAAGCUCAACCCUGUCAAGUCUUGCUGGCCCUGCUCCUCAUGCCGUUGGCUUUCAUCGUCCCGGAAACAAGCCAAAAUCAAUGCGAAUCUUCAUCCAUGCAUGCAUGCAUACGCACGCCAUACAAAUCAUGUCAUGUCACGUCGCAUAUGUCGUCUUCAACCAUUUUCCGGCCCUGCUCAAGGCCACCACUUCAUCUUCUUGUAGCUCUCGAUCACCUCCUCGAUCAACUCCUUCGUGAGGGCAGGUUUCUUGUACUCAAAACCCAAUAGUGUCUUGAGCCGUGUUCCGUCCAUACUGAGGUCCGUAUCCUUGAGCAAUUCCUUCUCCAUGAAGGGAGUCAACGGGCCCGGUCGCGUAAUGCCCGCAUCUGCGAGGAGGUCGGCCCAUGGUCCCAGAAGCUCGUCAUUCACAUCGUCCACAACACUAUCGAGGUUGAGUCGAGCGAAUGUGCUGAUAAGCUGGCCCUGGAAACCAGUCUCAAUCUUGAAAAUAUCACCAAUAAUUGUCGCUAUGGUGCCUUGACUCGUCGCACCCUCAUCCACGAUGUUGAAGAUAGGGAUCUUGCCCAUACUGGCCUCGUCCCACUUCGCCUUGCCUGCAUCAAACCAUGCUGCGAUUUCCCACAAAGCCCGCGUUACAUCGUCAAUGUGUGCUGUGUUAGUUCGGAGGUCCUUGGUCCAGAGCCACUUCAUUUCGUCUUCAAGGUGUUGAUAAGUGCGAGCCAUGCACAAUGCUGUCGCGACCCACUGAGAGGCAUAGGGUCCAUAGACGUGCGGUAAACGCACGAUGAUAAGGUUGAGGCUGUACUGUGCAUUAGUGAACUGAAUGUCCAAAAGUCAUGGUCCCACUAUACCCUUCAAUUUUGGAGAGCUCCUCCUCAGCCUGCAACUUGAACACAGCAAUCCGGUUCCAAGGUUUGAGUUUAUCUCCCUCUUUGCUUGGUGAUGAGUCGGACUUGUACACCAUGCCUGUGCUCAGCUCAACAAAGGCCUUGACUCCUCUUUUGGCCGCCUCUUUGCCCACUGCAAUAGAGAGGUUCAAUGAUCGAAGCUUGUAGACCUCAUCCUCUUGUGAGUACCUCGUCUCACCUCCACAGUUAAAAACAUAGUCCCAUUGUUUUCCAUCUGGUCGGUCAAAAAUGCGUGCCAAUCCUUCUGGAAAGAGGGGAAACAUAUAGUUAGCCAACUAGUCAUACAUGAGGCAGCCACCUGCACCAGCAAGCGGGGCUGCCAGCAACAGAGUAAGCAGUGUAGAAACUCACCAGGUCUGCUGGCAUCAGCCUGCAUGAAUUUGUCUUGUGAGCACGCUUCGGAGAACUCAGGAGCUAGCCAUGCGAGCUGAGGGAGGAC